AUGCUAUCCAUUCUUGCAGCUCUCUGCUCGAUAUCAACAUUUCACUCCCGUUUUCAAGAGCCUUUCCUUCGACCAGUUCGAGCAGCAACUUUUGGUAGCCUUGGACUACUCACCAUGGUCCCCAUCUACUAUGGAGUAUACAGAAAUGGAUGGGGCAUGCAGAACCAACAGAUGGGAAUAACCUGGGUCCUUAUAACACUUGUCUUGAAUGUUCUCGGGGCCACAGCAUACGCCUUCAAGAUUCCCGAGAGGUGGUACAGGCGGACCUUCGAUACAUUCGGAGCGAGUCAUCAGGUGUUCCACAUCAUGGUUGUGCUUGCUGCUCUCACAUAUACGAAAGGUAUACUCCAAGCUUUCGACUUCGUCCAUUCUCAAGGUUAUAAUCCAUGCUCAACGCAAUAG